AUGAAUGCAUUCAGGAAACUAACUGCUCGGUUGAACAUCGCUGCCUCCUCCCUCGUCUCCUGCCUCUGCUGGAGCAGACACAAAGAGCCGGCUCCCAGCCGUGCCUCUCCCCACGGCGGGGCUGGGGGGGGGCUGCGCCUCCCUGCAGCUGGCUCAAAGCUGGCUGUGCGGGGUGGCAAAACGGGCGCUACGUGCCCCGGGAAUGGGAUCCGGGCUCUGCCCUUUGGGUGGGGGCGCAGGGCUCUGCCGCUGAAACUCAGAAAACCUCGCUGGACAUCACCCCUGGGGCAUCAAGAAGUUGUAUGGCUGCGCUGUGCCACCUGGCUCACCGCUCGGUACCCUCAGCAGCCCCCUGCCCCGUUCCCCUGCAGACCCCGCUGGAAACCAGGAGCUCAGCACCCCGGUGCCCGCGGUGCACGAAGUGCCGGGAGCAGCCCCAGCUCCGGAGGUGUGCGCUCUCCUCCCAGCCUCUCUCCCCCUCCUCGCACACUUUUCCUGCUGCUUUCCCAGGCAGGGGAUUGCCCGGGGCACGGCUCGGGCUGCGCAGCCCCCCCUGGCCCCCCUAGCUCUCCUACCAGGCUGGAGAGCAAGACCCAAGCCUGUGUGUGGUUGGGAGCGUGGGUCGGAGCAGGGGGGGACCAGGGGGUCCUCGCUUACCCCCACAGAAAGCGCCUGGCAGCAGCCCCAACGCCGCCGCGCACGGGACUUUCUUCUGGCUCGCAGCCCCCUCCACCCCCAGCCUUUCCCCAUGCUGAACAAAACUCCUGCAAAAUAAAAGGGAAAAGGGGAAGGAAACAAAAGACUCCAGCUGCUGAAGAACAGAAAACCCAACAGAGGAGAGAGAAAAGGACCAGCAAACGCCGCUGUGCGUGUAAGAGAGGCCAGAGAGGGCAGGAGCAUCGUGGACCAGUGCAGCAUCCAGGCUCGACCAGGUACUCGGCUGGGCACUGAGGGUUGUACAGGGGAAACUGAGGCACCAAAUGGGGCAGUUGCUUGCACAAAAGCCUUCCUGCAAAGCCAGGCAUGGAAACGUUUCAUAUUCCAGACUUUACCCCCUGUGCUGUAAGAGCUGUGAAGCUGCUAACACAGCUCCCAUUGCUGGGAAGCCCGAAAAAACUUUUGAAAAUCUGCACAUCCUGGCCUCGCCAUCCACCCCUGAGCACCUCACGCUGCUUGGACCAGGGAGCAGAAACCCCACAGACCAGGACACUUCAAUUCACCAGCUCAGACGGAGAUAGAUGGAGCCAGGCUGGAAAGAACAAGCUGCCCUCGCUUCUGAGGGAGAAACACAGCGGAGAAAGCCAGCUGACCUCUGCCCCAACCAGGUGUUUAAAAAAAUAAAGAGUGGAAAAACAAGAAAUAAUUCUGUUUUGCAUACA